AUUUGCUAAUCGCGAUCCCUCAGACUUUGCAUUCACUGUUCUAGAGAGAGAGAGAGAGAGAGAGACAGAGCAGUGCCUGCAAUCUCGCUGUGUCUCUCUCUAGGAACUGAUCUCUGAAGAUGGCGGGUGAGCCAUUGCCUACUCGCUGGUCAUUCAUGGAUUUUAAGACCUUUUAUGAUGUUAAGUUUGGGAGAAAGAGAAUGCCCGAGGAGAACGGCGAGGAUACCAAUGGUCAAGCUAAUGGAGCUCAUUCGAAUGGCAAUUAUUCCACAGCUAGGUCAAACGGGGACAUGCAUGUCAAGAACAAACCUGAGUUGGCCAUAUACGAGCAGUACCAAAAUCAGAGAGGAACCAAUGGAACUUCAGCUACUGCAAUGGGUGAAAAACCGCAAAAGUCUCUGCUUCCUCCUUUUGAAUCUGCAGAAAUGCGUAAUUUGGCUGAGAGUUUAAGUAGAGAUAUCAUUCGUGGAAGUCCAGAUGUAAAAUGGGAAAGCAUAAAAGGUUUAGAGAAUGCCAAACGGCUUCUUAAGGAAGCAGUUGUAAUGCCCAUAAAAUAUCCCAAGUAUUUCACUGGUCUUCUGACACCCUGGAAAGGCAUUCUACUUUUUGGCCCUCCUGGAACUGGAAAGACUAUGCUUGCCAAGGCUGUCGCGACAGAGUGCAAAACUACAUUUUUUAACAUUUCAGCAUCAUCUAUUGUCAGCAAAUGGCGUGGUGAUUCUGAAAAGCUAGUGAAAGUAUUAUUUGAGCUUGCUAGACAUCAUGCUCCUUCAACCAUAUUUCUUGAUGAAAUUGAUGCUAUCAUUAGCCAGCGUGGCGAAGGACGAAGUGAGCAUGAAGCAAGCAGGCGCCUGAAGACAGAGCUGCUUAUCCAGAUGGAUGGUCUGACAAAGACAGAUGAACUUGUGUUUGUUCUAGCAGCAACUAAUCUGCCUUGGGAACUGGAUGCCGCUAUGCUUAGGCGUCUGGAGAAAAGAAUUCUUGUUCCUCUUCCGGAACCAGAAGCUAGGCAAGCCAUGUUUGACGAGCUAUUACCCUCGUCGCUGAAAGAGGAGAAGGAGGAAUUUCCAUAUGAUCUGUUGGUAGAGAAAACAGAAGGCUACUCAGGAUCAGAUAUCCGUUUGUUGUGCAAAGAGGCUGCCAUGCAACCAUUGAGACGCCUGAUGUCUGUUCUGGAAGAAAGCGAAGAAGUGGUGCCUGAGGAAGAAUUGCCUAAAGUAGGGCCAAUUAUGCAUGAAGACGUUAAGACGGCUUUGAGAAAUACAAGGCCUUCAGCUCAUCUCCUUGCUCAUCGUUACGAGCAAUUCAACUCUGACUACGGCAGUCAAAUACUCCAGUGAAGGUACGCACACUACUGGCUUGGAUCUUGGAACUUGUAAUCUCCAAAUUCCUUCAUUUAUUAUCUGGACUUUCUUUUCACAUGAAUGAAUAGACUGGUUUUUGUCAGCAGUGGAUAAUUGGUUUGUACUUGGAUUUGUAAUUUUUUUGGUGCUUCUUAAUUAAUUAUAUUUAGCACCC